CGGCGGCCAUUACACGGUGCGGAGCGAGGAGCGGCAGCUCUGCCGCAGCCGGAGCGCCCCGGGCUGCCCUCUCCCCGCGCCCGCCCGCCUGCCCUGACGCGUUGCGGCCGCCGCCGCUGUGGGGAGCGCGGAUCGUAGGGGCCCGCGGGGCGGUGCGGCAGCAGCAGCAGCCGGUGAGGAGGAGGAGGAGGGGGAGAACGGGAUGGAGGAGAAGGUCUUCACCAAGGAGCUCGACCAGUGGGUGGAGCAGCUCAACGAGUGCAAGCAGCUGUCCGAAGGGCAGGUGAAGAGCCUCUGCGAGAAGGCUAAAGAAAUUCUGACAAAAGAAUCCAACGUACAAGAAGUACGAUGUCCAGUCACAGUCUGUGGAGAUGUCCAUGGACAAUUUCACGACCUCAUGGAACUUUUCAGAAUUGGAGGCAAAUCACCAGACACAAACUAUUUGUUUAUGGGGGACUAUGUUGACAGAGGAUAUUAUUCAGUUGAAACAGUCACGCUGCUUGUAGCUCUUAAGGUCCGUUACCGUGAACGUAUCACAAUUCUUCGAGGGAACCAUGAAAGCAGGCAAAUCACACAAGUUUAUGGUUUCUAUGAUGAAUGUUUAAGGAAAUAUGGAAAUGCAAAUGUUUGGAAAUACUUUACAGACCUUUUUGAUUACCUGCCUCUAACUGCCUUGGUGGAUGGCCAGAUUUUUUGUCUACAUGGUGGCCUCUCUCCAUCUAUAGAUACACUGGAUCACAUCAGAGCACUUGAUCGCUUGCAGGAAGUUCCCCAUGAGGGUCCAAUGUGUGACUUGCUAUGGUCAGAUCCAGAUGAUCGUGGUGGCUGGGGAAUUUCUCCUCGAGGUGCAGGUUACACAUUUGGACAGGAUAUUUCAGAAACCUUUAACCAUGCUAAUGGCCUUACAUUGGUUUCAAGAGCUCAUCAGUUGGUAAUGGAGGGGUACAACUGGUGCCAUGAUCGGAAUGUAGUAACAAUUUUCAGUGCUCCAAAUUAUUGUUACCGUUGUGGCAACCAGGCUGCAAUUAUGGAACUUGAUGAUACUCUAAAAUACUCCUUUUUGCAGUUUGACCCGGCACCACGUAGAGGUGAACCGCAUGUUACUCGUCGCACCCCAGACUACUUCCUGUAAAGAGAUUUUAGACCUGUACAGUAUUGCCAUGAACCAUAUGUUGACCUAAAGAAAAUGGGAAGAGCAACAGUAACUCCAAAGUGUCAGAAAAUAUUUAACAUUCAAACUUUGUUUUCACAUGGACCAAAAGAUGUGCCAUACAAAGCCUCUUGUCAUCAACAACUGUGACCACUUUAGAAUGAACCAGUUCAUUGCAUGCUGAAGCAACAUUGUUGGUCAAGAACCCAGUUUCUGGCAUAGCGCUAUUUGUAGUUACUUUUGCUUUCUCGGAGAGACUGCAAAUAAUAUGUAGACAUUAACACCUCGUGAGUACAUUUAACUUUCCAUUUAGCUAUAGCUUUAUUCAGCAUGACUGUAGAUAAGGGUAGCAGCAAACAAUCAUUGAAGCUUAAAGAACAUUUUAAAAAUAAGUACCAAGGCCUCAUAUUUGUUCUGAAACUGUUUGUUUUAUUUUCAGGGAAUACUGUUUAAUUUAAUUGUAUUGAUUUUUUUUUUUUUUUUGUCUGCACUCAGUUCCUUUUCCACUCUGCCCUACCAUAUUGUCCCUUGUAAUUGUCCAAGGAUAGUGAAUUACUUUGAACAGAACUGUUUUUUUUCUGUAAAACAAUGUUACUGCAGGACAGAGCUGCAGUGUUUUUCAUAAUAAACUUGUGAACUAAGUAUGGAAAAA